AUGCCUAGAAGACGUAGAUUCCGUUAUCGCUCAAGUCCCCUCCGUUCCAUGGAAGUUGCAUACGAACUACCACUUCGGCCACGCUCACCGGACCCAAGGGAGACUGAUCCAGUACAAACGUCUGACGAAAAUCCUGAUCAUGAUCAACAGCCUCGAGGAUCUUCCGACAAUGAUCUUGAAAACGACCCAUCAUCGUCAAAUGCCGUCGACAUUCGUAGAGACUCAAUGUUUGUUGAGGCUAUAUCAGACUCUGAAAAAAGUCCCGAGCCCGAACCCACUCCCACAAUAGGAUCUCCUCUGAUUGUCUCCAGUGAUAUGGGCCGCGAGCCUGUUGAAUCCAAUCAGCAGAUACUAGGCAAUCCUAUUUUUGCUCCUAUCGUUGAUAUUCUCCAGGAUGUUUCGGUUUAUUCCGAUGAAUCAGAAGAUCCCGCUCAUAUAGAAUAUGCCCCCUCCUCUCAAGAACCCGCUCAUGAAAACCUAAACAUCGAUCGCAUUCCGUCUCCUAGGUUCAUACGGGAAAGAGGUCUUUAUGAUCGGGGCUUUACAAGGAUCAAACUGGGGCUGAUGGUGGAAGACAUUAAACGACCGCUUGAGCUCAGGGAGGCAAUUAAAAGCCUUCAUCUUUCGAAAGAGCCCUUAGAUCUUCGCAGCCGACGAUACGUUAGCGAAGAGGAAAAGGAAUUAGAGAAACCGAUACCCAAUGACUCACGAGCAGCUGAAUAUUUCAUGGAGCUUGAUAUAUUCCAUGGCUUUCUCAGCCUGGAUAUAGACCCGCAGCCAGACCUUGACCUUCGGAUGAUUAGACUUCUACCACGGAGUACACCUGCACGAUCCAUGGGAACAACGUCCUACAAGAACCUGGACUUUCGAAAACCGUCAAGGAAGGGUGCAUGUAAGCGUAAAAGUAAGCGCAGAAGUGAGCCCGCCAAGCAGCUACUUCUUAAGUAUAGAGUGGUAAAAAGGUGUGAUUUUAAGCGCCGUCGUACUCGAAAGUUUGAAGCCGAAAUAUCACGGAUAAAGCUCUUCAAACUCAAGCCUAAAUCAAUAAACUUUUCACGUUAUCCACCAAAAUAUUAUUUACCAGACGAUGAAGGUAAUUCAACAAGAAGAUUUAAUCUUCCAAAGAUGCCCGGUGCCUAUCCAAGCUCUUCCCCAGAGUCUUUAUCAGAGGGUGAAGACUUUGAAGCUGUAGUCGAAGGGGAGACCCCUUGGUCCCUAACAGCCAUGGAAGCCCCUCAAUCCUUGCAUCAGAAUGGAGUCUCUAAAGUCGCCCCAGAUAACGACAAUGAUGCGCAAUCUGAUGGGUCAAGCUCCCCACGAAGACGGCCCCAGCACAUUUAUGAAGGUAGCGAGACUACGCCGCGUCCAGUCGUCCGGAAAUAUCCAGACCCGUCUAAACGCAUAUUUUCGGUGGCUAGAAUUCAGAAUGACACCACAGAAGAUCGCAAAGCUAGAAAACGUCGGCGGGCCGAGAUAAUACGAGACGACGGUUCGUCUGAUGAAGAUUGGGAUGCUCAGGGGGAGCCGAGAAAGAUCCUUCGCCUACAUUUGAGCGAAGUAACCAAAAAUGGCAAGGCGUGGGAGCCGCUGACUGAUGGAAAGGCGAGAGAAUUGAUGGCAAGGGGAAGAGCUGAAAACUAUGCUUCCGUCGUACGGCAACAAUCAGGUCACCCCAAUGGUUCGGCUGGCAUUCAAACAGAGAAAGAAGCUACUAGUCCAUCUGUAAGGCCGGGGAUCACUCGAGGACAGCCAAUGAAUAUGGAUGAAGAUGUUGAUAUGAAUGCAAUCGAGACUCAGAUGAAGACACUGCCUCAAAAAUUGUCGGUUCGCGAUCUGCGUGAGUUACAUCACAGGGCAGACGUUAUUUGUAACUGGAACGCUAGCAACAACUGGGCCAAUAGCGGUAAUAUCACGCCAAAAGCGCAAAAUAUGAAGAGAGAAAUGCAAGAAAUUCGAGACAAAGCUGUUUCUGCUGAACCUCUAGCCAAAGUGGAUGAUCGACAUCGGGCGGCGAUACUGAUAAAAUACAUAAUAGAUAAUAACGUUUCUGUAAACGGAGCCGGGAAAAAUAACCCUAAGGAGGAUUGGGCUUGGUUUCAUGAUAUAGAGUAUGAUUGCGAUGGAGAAUACGCCGCUGUGGAGACGGAGUUAGAAGAGCUGGCAGCAGAGAUCAAAAAGCUCCCUGGGGGCUGUACGAGAAGAAAGGAGAAAGAAGAACGAUAUAAGAAGCUGCAGGUACACAAAGAAUGUAUAGAGGUUAGAGGUGAGUUUUAUGACGAUGAGGAAUUGGACGAUGAGGAGUGGGUGGAUCCUUGCGAGAACGGUAAAUUAGUGCCAGGAGACUCACGCCUUAACGCCGAAUAUGGUAGUGCAAUAGCUAAGUGGCAAAAUCCGACAACGGAUGAAGAUUCUGAGUUGCAAUUAGCAUUGCAGCUAUCCAAGGCUAUGUUUGAAGAAGACAGCAUUCAGCAUCCCGUAGCUGCGUCUUUAAAUAAAGGCAAUUUUGUUGAAGCAAUGAAUCAAGGUCCUAGCCAUUCAGUAGCUCUGCCAUCGACCCAAAAAUGGCAAGGCAGCUCACUGAAUGAACAGGCGCAGUUGGAGAAAGCCAUCGCUAUGUCGCUGGCAGAGUCUAGAGGGGAAAAUAUGGAGCAGUACGACGAUGAUUAUUAG